GUUUGCAAGUAUGUGCCCACCCAUUGUAGACAUGGGCAGCUUGCCGCCAUGUGAUUCACUACUGGGUUUAAAAGCUUAUAGCCCACAGUGAAGGACACAGUAUACAAUUCCCCAUUGAGCCACAUUGCACGAGCUGGGAACUGCAUCCUAAACAUGUCAGACACAGAGGAUGCUGCAUAUGAAGGAGAACAAGAUGGCACAGAGGAAAAUGAAGGAGAUGAUGCAAAGCCCAAGCAAAGGCCAAAUUUUGUGCCUGGCUUGGCAGCUCCUAAGAUCCCAGAUGGAGAAAAAGUGGACUUUGACGACAUUCAAAGGAAACGAAUGGAAAAAGACCUGACUGAGCUCCAGACUUUGAUUGAAGCUCACUUUGAGAAGCGUAAGAAGGAGGAAGAAGAGCUUAUUGGCCUCACACAGCGUAUUGAGAAACGCAGGUCUGAGAGAGCAGAGGAGAUGAAGAUCAGAGCGGAGAGAGAAAGAGAACGGCAGAACAAACUAGCAGAAGAGAAAGCCAGAAAAGAAGAAGAAGAAGCCAAGAAGAGAGCAGAUGAUGAUGCAAGGAAGAAGAUGAUUCUGUCCAAUCUGACUUUCACUGGAUACAGGCAAACACAAAGCGGAACAAAAAAACCAACAGAAAGAGAAAAGAAGAGAAAGAUUCUGAAUGAUCGACGGAAAGAAUUAAAUAUUGAUCAUUUGAAAGAGGACAAACUCAGAGAAAAGGCUAAGGAUCUUUGGGACUGGUUGCGCCAGCUAGAGGCCGAGAAAUUUGAACUUCAGCAAAAAUGCACAAAGCAGAAGUACGAGGUCACGGUGCUGAGAAAUCGUGUCAGUGAUCAUCAGAAAAUUUCAAAGGGUGGCAGGAGCAAGCGUGGCCUGAGGAAGUAACGUCUGACAUCAGCUGGAGAAAAACCAGCAACAUCAGCCAUCCGUAAACGACUGAGCAUAAGAAACUGGAUAAUAAUAUUUUCUUAAUACUUGAAAAUGGAAGAACAAUAAAAAAACAGUACACAAUUUUAGAUGUUGUUAGUGGAAUAAAAUGCAUGUUAAGUUACUGACAGCAGACUGAUCAGAUGAUGUGGUUUAACUUGUGUUCAUCUGACCAUGUGUAACACAUAAGGAUGAUUUUUUUUUUUAACUGAAUCCAAAAGUUUAAAAAACUGACUGAAAGAAAUCAGAGCAACUGAAUCAAUUCUGGUGUGUAGGAUUUUGUGAUUGAAAGGAAUUUAAAUAAACUUGUAUCUAACAAAAUGGACGCAGCAUGUAUCUGUGGCUCCAGCACUCGUGGGAACUUACAGAUGAAUACCAACUCUAUGAUAGUUAUAAAGGCCACACCUGCUUUAAUGAAGCCAGAUUGACUUAGUUAGACUUAAUAGUUUUAUGUUACAGAUUCCAGUUAGCUUACUUUUACUUUGCUAUCCUGUUUUAUUUGUGGCUUUUGACAUAUGACAUCCACAUAAGGUUGAUGCAUUCUCACAGGAAUACAAGCUUUUUAUUAAUGAAUACAUACAGACACAUAAAUCUCCAGUGUACAAUGAAGUGAUUAUUUAAAAUAUGGUCAGCUGUGCCAGAAGUCUAAAUCUAAAUAACACCCACAGACCCAAAAUCCCCUCAUGGCUGUUCAGUGGAUUAUGUGGUUUGAAAUGUGGACGACCAAAGUUCAAAUCUGGUCAGCAGUUAUAUAAUAGAGUGAGCGCAACAACAGCUGCAGUGCCUGGAUUAAUAAAAUAAAUCAUAGGGGUGGAGUAAACAGAAUGCGAGAGAUGAGUUGCUAAUCUGCCCUGAAGCAUUUCAAACUGCAGCCAAGGGGUGUGACGAGACAUGAAUGAGAUUGGAAACUUCUUCAUGCUGCAGUGACUGUGAAAAAGGACUCAGAAUUACUCAAAUUUGUUGGAUUCUUGGAUUAUCUUUGCAGCCAAAAGAAUAUAUUUAUUUCAGCUUUAUUACCAGUACUGUGUUCAAUACAGCUAGCUAAUUUCAAAAUGGCAAUCAUACAUAUGAAAUAGAUGGACAUCCCAACAGCAAAAGUUGUAUUUACAAAUAGAGAUACACAUCAAAUGUCCUACAGCAGCCAUGUUAACAGAAUAUCAUUUAUUUUUUAUUUGGUCAUGUUAUGCAUUGUCAAAAUUCUUACAUGUGCAUUACAUGCUAUGACACACAUUUCAGUGCAAGAUGAAAGCCUAGGCAUUGUGUCACUAUCUAUUUAUGCAAGCUCAUGGUUCCAAAGUGAAGGCUUGGACACAAACUGUAUAUAAAAACAUGACAUGACAGCAUUAAAAAUGAGAAAAGCAAAUAAAAUUGUGCACUUUCUGCAUUUUCGCUCUUAUUGUACUAGACUUUCACCCAUAUUCCAACAAGGAAACAGAAUUUUACAGCAUAUAAAACAUCAUGUAGUGAUUUGUUCAUGGAUGUACUAUGUCGAGUUUAUGGAUGAAAUGGGAUGAGAUUUUAUGUCCUUGCAGGUGAGUUACUUCACUGAACAACUUUCAGAGGUCUGAUAAGCUGUUAAUCAACAACUUGAAGUGACCGCUGUGCCGCCAUGGUGAUGUCAUUCACAAA